AUGCAUACAGAGCCACCCAGCAAGCAUAUUGUCACAAUGGCAAUUCCAGUGCUACCCCCAUUUUCGAAGCUGGCUUCGACUAUUGACUCUCGAGGUUGGAACUGGCACUGGUAUCAUGUAGUAUACCUUCUUUUGGCAUGGCAGACAGCGCAAAUAUUGUGGAAGUUCUGGUGGAAGGCUCCGUCCAAUGUCAUUAUUGCAGCAUACCCUACGCCGUUAGGAAGGUUUUUGACGGCAUUGCAUAUGGUAUUUGAUUCUGGAACGCUCCUUGAAAAAGCGUACGAAUCGGCUGGCGGAAAACCGUUUGCGAUUCCCAUGCUAGAUCGCUGGAUUAUUUUCGUUUCCAACACAGAGACCCUCAAGCAGCUGGACCGUGAACCUGAGCAUGUUCUAUCACUACAGCAAGCACUGCAUGAGCUCGCGUCCACAGGGCCAAUAUUAGGGCCCCAUCAAGUAAAAAUAGAGAACAAGGGAACACAGAGCGAAGUCUCUCGUGUUGUGGUUGGUGUGUUGAAGAACAAGCUCCGUUCAAAUAUUCCUUUGAUGAGUGAUACCCUUCGAGAAAGAGUCAGGAAGUCAAUGGCUCUGGAGAUGUCUCCGCCAGCAAACGAGGCUUGCGAGAAGAAUGAAUGGAGACAGGUUAGGCUUAUGCCAGUACUCCUUCGCAUCUUUACCAGUGUAAAUCUUCUUCCUCUGGUUGGUGACGAACAAGCCAACCGCCCUGAAGUAUACGACGAUGUGAUGAACUUUUUCUGGAGCUGUGCCCGGGCUUUUCCCAUCGUAGAUAUGAUGCCCAGUUUCCUCACACCCUUCAUCGGGCCAAUUGCCAUGGGCUGGGGCGUAACGAGAACGAAAGUAUACGACCUCUUGUUGUGGCAUACUACGAAGGCUCUUGAAGACAAGGAGGUAGGAAGAGAAAAACAGCACUCUGGGGGCCACGUCGCACAAUGGGCUUCCGAAAUAACAAAACUUCGAGAUGCAGCAGAAGUGGCCAAAAUAUCACUUGGACUGUUAUUCGCGAGCGCAUUCCAAGUGCCGAUGGUUGUUCAGUUCUGUAUACACAGACUAUGUAGGCAUGAGGAGUAUACAGAUAAGCUCAGACAAGAAGCUCUCGAAUGUGAAAAUCUUUCUUUUGGCGCGAUGAACCGAGAGAUGCCUUAUCUCGACAGUUUCAUGAAAGAGACCUCUCGUCUGAGUCCAGGCCCAAUCGUAAGUGCACCUCGUACAGUCAUGGUCCCGUACACAAUGGAGGAUGGCUGCCACAUUCCAGCCGGAAAUUGGAUUGCCAUACCCCAGCUUGCCCUAAUGCGGGAUGAGAAGAUCUGGCCCAACGGCAAGGAAUUCGAGGGAUUCCGUUUUGUCGACGAGCAAGGCGAUGCGUCAGAGUCACGAUUCACUCAUCCAAGUCACGAGUUCCCCUUCUGGGGUUCAAUAAAACAUGCAUGCCCUGCACGCUUCUAUGUCUCCGUUGUCAUCAAAAUGGUCCUGUCACACCUUCUUCUAGACUACGACUUCAAGCUAGAAAACCCAACAGCGGCCCCGUUCCUGACCUUUGGCAAGGUCAGAGUGCCUAGCCCCUUUAUGACGCUGCUGGUCAGGAAGCGCUCCACUGGCUCGAGGGUGUAA